UAAAUGGUAGAGAGCGCGGGUAAGAGCGGAUAAACUCGAUGUGCGCGACGGUCGCAUCGCGAAACGAUUCGAUCGUUCCUACGAGGAGUAUCUUGUCGUCCGUUCGAUUAUUUCGCGAAUAUUAUAAUUGAUUACAUUUUAGAACGAGUCAAAAGUCGCGAUUUAUCUCAUUUUGUUUUUUCUUUUACGAGUUUAACCAACUAGUCGCAUUUGAAUUAUUGAGGUUAGGUGGUUUAGUAGUAAAUUAUCGUUAUACGAGAUAGAGAUAGGGAGAACGAAAGAGUGAAUAUGUGUGUGUGAAUGUGUGUGUGUGUGAGAGAGAGAGAGAGAGAGAGGGCGAGGGUGUAUGAGAGAGAGAAAGCGAGAAGAGAAGAGAAAAGGUCGUUGGUGGCGCUGCGGAGACUUCGCGCACAAGAAUAAUUAAAAUCAAUGUGACUUUGGUGCGGUGUUCGACGAGUCACGUUCUGCGUGCGUCGGUUUUUUAAAAAGCACUACAUUUACACGACCGACAUAGAGAGAGGGAUGUCGAACGGAUUGAUGCUGCCGAAUGAUAAUCACGAUACGUGCCAGACGACUAGCACCACCUCGAUGGUCACCGCUAAUGCCGCUGCAUCCGUGGAGGGGUUGCAGGGAGAACACUCUACUGAGAUGGACCAGCAGAACGUUACCAGGCCUACGUUGAAGAGACCUGAGUCUGAUCUGGAAGAUCCUAUACCAAAAAAGCGUCACAAAAAUCCACAGCCAAAAAAUGCAGUAUGUGCUUUAAACGAAUUAAAGACUGGAGCAGUAUACAAGGUAGUUGGUCAAACUGGGCCUACUCAUGCUCCUAUAUUUACCAUCGCCGUGCAGAUAGAUGGACAGACUUACGAGGGAAAAGGACGUACCAAAAAGAUGGCCAAACAUGCGGCUGCUGAACUUGCUUUAAGGAAUAUAGUGCAGUUUCGUAACACACCGGAAGUACAUCAAGCUAUUAACACGUGCCAGCCUGUCGUUCCCUUGGAACCUGAUUUUACCAGUGACGUCACAGAAAGAGAUAAUCAUCUUGUAAAUGCAUUCAAAACAUUGACUCAAGAACCAAAGAAUACUAAUAAAUUUUUGGACAAAGGUCCCGUUGCCCUUAUCAAUGAAUUAUAUCCUGGAGUUGUAUACAAAUGUAUAUCGGACAGCGGAGAGAGUUAUGCUAAGUUUACAAUAUCUGUAACAAUCGAUGGAGAAACUUUCGAAGGCACUGGCCCGAGUAAAAAGUUGGCCAAAGCUGCUGCCAGUAAAGCAGCCUUGGCAAAAUUAAGGAACGUUCACAGUUCCUCUUUUUGCAUUCAGCUCCCUGUUCGUGUAUUACCUAAUUUCUCGAAUUCCGGUCAUUGGCAGGAACAAAUGACUUUGCCACAAAUCUUGGCAGAUAAAAUAGGAAAAAUGGUAAAUCAAAAAUUCACUGAACUUAUACAGAGCAAGCCACAACAUGCUCGACGUAAAGUAUUAGCCGGCAUAGUGCAAACGAAUGGGUCGGAUGCCGAAUUAAUAUGCGUCACUACUGGUACAAAAUGUGUAUCCGGGGAUCAUUUAAGCGUAAGCGGUAGGGCCCUAAAUGAUUGCCAUGCGGAAGUAGUAGCACGACGAUGUCUCUGUGAAUAUUUAUACAAGCAAUUGGAGUUGCAUACCGAAAAUCGUUCUGCCGAGUCUGUCUUGGAACGUAUAAAGAAAGGGUUUAGAUUAAAGCAGGGAAUUCAGUUUCAUUUAUACAUAAAUACAGCUCCUUGCGGUGAUGCCAGAAUAUUUUCUCCUCAUGAAGAAAAUGAAUCGGUGGACAAACAUCCUAACAGAAGGGCCAGAGGUCAAUUAAGAACCAAGAUAGAAUCAGGAGAAGGUACGAUACCUGUGAAGAGCAGCGAAGGAAUUCAGACUUGGGAUGGUGUUCUUAUGGGACAAAGACUGCUGACGAUGUCGUGUUCAGACAAAAUAGCUCGAUGGAACGUACUUGGUGUGCAAGGUGCACUUCUAAGCCACUUCAUCGAGCCAAUUUACUUCCACAGCAUCGUUCUCGGCAGUCUGUUGAACCCAAGUCAUAUGUAUCGAGCUGUUUGCGGUCGUAUCGAAAAUACUAUUCAAGGUUUACCACCACCGUAUAGGCUCAAUAAACCAUUGAUGAGCCUCAUAACUUCGUCUGAAGUUAGACAACCAGGCAAGGCACCGAAUUACAGUGUAAAUUGGACUAUUGGUCAAAGCGAAGCAGAAGUUAUAAAUUGUACAACCGGAAAGGACGAAUUGGGUAAACCCUCUAGGAUUUCAAAACAGGGUCUCUUCAGGAAGUUCUUCAGUCUAUUAGGUAAAUUGGAUACGAUCGACGAUGCCGAUCAAAAUCAAUGCCGUCAUUACCUCGAUGCUAAAUCAUCGGUUCAAGAUUACUCUCUUGCCAAACGUCAAUUGAAGGACGCGUUUGUACGCGCUCAACUAGGUAGUUGGGUAAAAAAACCGAUUGAGCAAGAUAUGUUCGAGGUGGAUAUCUGACUAAAUCAGAGUAUCGAUGCGAACCCAACGAAUAGGAUAAACUCUCAGUUAACGGAGUAUGUAGUUCCUAGUGUAAAAUAGAUCGCUCGUUCGGCGUGUCAUGCUAUGGCAGAAUUUGGCAUCAGUAAAGCAUAAAUCGUAGGAUGUUAAAAGCAAAUAUUUUGACUUUGUCACUGCACGAUUCAACGACUAGUAAACAUGUCGCGUUCAAAGUGUACAAUGAAUCAAUUGUUUUCGGUUUUAAUCGAAAGCAAAAUCAAAUCGGUACUCUUCGAAUUUUUUGAUCUUAAAUGCUAGUCACACGUCAAUUUUUGACAGUUUCUAUAGACUGGUAGAUAGAUAAGGCGAAAAAUUUCGUUUCAUAAGCGUUAAUAAUUAAUCGAAGGGUGCAAGAGUAUUAGAAUGUUUUAGAUUUUACUUUCUGUCGGUGUGUCGAGAAAUCUGUGGAUAUUUCAGAAUGAAACGAGUCAGCACAUAUCCAUUUUUCGGAGUCUUAUUGUUAAACUUUGUCGUCGUUCUCGUACAUCUAUCUAAGUUUUAUUGGACGAAACAGAAAUCGACGAAAGACCCUUUACAUCCACCUUCUCUUUCUUCCUUUUAAUUGACUUCACUGCCUACCAAUUUUCCUCGAGGAACCUAUGCUUCGUGGUUAAGCUUCGAUCAAAAACUUUUCACGUAAAUUUUAUUCAACUUUCAUAUUUUAUUUCAACGUUUUCUUUAAAUAAAAGCUAUCGUUCUAUUACAAUUAUUCGGAACGAACCAAAUUGUAGUUUCAAAUUUCAAUAGCCUGAGUAAUGUACGUGAUACCGCAAACUCUAAUUCAACGAGCCUAUUGUGUCGACAAUGUGUAUCCGGGUCACUUAUUUCUAGGAGCUGUUGUAUCUGUAUUCAUAUACAUUCUCUAUAUACCUAUAUAGACAAAGAGAAGAAGAGAGAUCCUCUUGAAACGAUUCUCUUUUUCUCUUUCACUUUUAUUUGAAAUUUUAUAGGUCCUACUUCUGGUUAAUAAUUAAGCGAUUUUAAAGGACUUUUAGUAAUGUCAUCGUUUUCCUCAAAUAGUUCUUCCCUUUUUUUUAUCUGUAUGCAAGUUAUUUAACGUGCAAUAAGUUUUGAUUUAAAAUAAGAAAUAUCUUAAGUAUCCAGGCUAUACCACUAGCAAAGUUGGACCCUCGUUCCUCUCUCUCUUCCUCUCUCUCUCUCUCUCUCUCUCUCUCUCUUCCUUUCUCUCACUCUCUCUCUCCCUCUCUCUCUGCAUUUCCCCUCUCCUUCACUCUUCCUUUUAGAAAUCCAAGCCAUCAUUAGAACGAACUCAGACUCCGCGGUUGUUUUUCCUGAGGUCCCUCGCGGGAAAAAUCAAUGUCCAGUACCGUGCAGCGAGGGAUCUACCCGCGUAGCUGCGGUAUUGUUUUAGUAGGGCUCUAGUAUUUACUGCAUCCCUGUGAAAGGCUGUGACCGGAUCCAGAUUUUAACGAAGGAUUUUUUAAAGACAUCUUAAUCGUUCAUUGUAUCGUGGAAUUUGAUAAACGAACAAGAAGAAGCGAAAGACAUUUUCGAUGGCGAAAAAUCAAUCGAAAAAAUAUAAAAAAGAUAUCUUUGUGAAAAAAUAAGACAUUUCUUUUCUUCGACGUUUCAUUUAUCGUCUUCGCGAAUCCUUCGGUGAGAGAAGAGCGUCCUUCAACAGUUCGAUGUCGUUACCAUUAAUUUUGAUAGCACAUAUGUGAGAAUGCAUGUGCGUGUAUGUAUGUAUGUAUGUAUGUAUGUAUGAGAAAGAUUAGAUGAAUUAGCGCGAAUGUUUACGUUUACCAAAGAGAAAAUGAAACAUGAGAGAAAUGUGAGAGCAAUGAUAUUUAAAGAGUAAAGUAUUAAUAGAAGAGUAAGUUAUAAAUAUUAAUAAAUAAAUUAGCGGAUGAUUAUUUAGAAAGUCCUAAGAUCGUUGCCUCACUGUGCCAGUAUUACAAUUAUAAUGCAAUUCUGCCGUAGUGACACACUGCCCGAAGUCGGUCUAGUUUUGCGUCAAAGAACUCGACGACUCCGCCCGUGUUGCUUCUUUCAAUUUACUCUCCUCGAUUACCAAAACCAAAAUAUUUGCGUUCGUAUUUAUGUAUGUUAAGUUCAUAUCUACGUUUUUAGUUGCAUUUAGUUUAUCGACAAGUAUUUUAGAAAAAAAAAAGAAAAUAAGAGAGAGAGGGAAUAUCGGAAUGAAAUGGAGCUAUAUAUACGUAUACAAUAUAUUUAUCGAUAAAGUUAAAGUCAUUUACGUAUCACAUCAAAUAUUAGCUCUAUGUAAUUUUUUUGUUCAUCUAGAUGUAGUUAACGUAAAUAUUUACGUUUCUUUAUACUCGUUUCUUCGAUUCACUCUCACUCGACAUAAUAUUUUUUCACAUCAUCACUGAUAAUGACAAUCCUAGGAUUUUAGUUUGGCCUUCUUUUUAUUUAUUUAUUUAUUUAUUUAUUUAUUUAUUUAUUCUGUUGUAUAUGAUAUUAUUAAUAUUUUCUUGCCUUAAAAAAGAAAGAUAUUUGCUAGAAGUAGCUAGAAAUUUAUUUAUUUUGUUUAUUUCGUUAUGAUAAGGCAUUUAUUUUUAUAUUAUUUUUGUUUAUUUGUGAUAAAACCAUAAAAUUAAUGAUAUCAACGAAAAUGAUUUCGCUUUGUUUAAAUUGAAGCUGUUAUUUUUAUAUUGUUAUAUUUUACAAGCAUGUAUUAUAUGCAUAAAAAAACAGUGCCAUAAUAGAAUAUCAUGUUGUAAAUCGAUUCCAACAGGUUCAACAUUUUCAACAUCUUUUUUCUAUUUUUGUUACUUUUUUCUCUAAUCUAAUUUCUGACAUUCUUUCCCUUUCUUUCCUUUCCUCCCUCCCCCUCUCUCUAUUUCUAUUUCUAUUUCUAUUUAUAUCUUUCUUCUCAAGAAAGAACGAUGCAUUUCUUUUGUUGUAAUGCGUAUACAAACGUACGUAGCAACGAUCGUGCCAAGAAACGCAAUCGUUACGUUGCAUCGUACAUUAACAUAAACAUUAAUCCUCUAUAACUUUCAAAUUAUGUAUUAUCAUAUAUGCAUCUUAUUUCAUAUCUUCAUUAAAAAGAAAAAAAAAAUUCAUUUCAAAAUCAUAAGUUGUUUACUAAAUAUAUAAAUCAUACUUGAUGUAAUAUAAUAUAAAUAUGAAUAUUUGAAUUAUUUGAGUUAUAAGAAAAAUUGGGUUAUAGAGGAUUAAAAAGCACGAUGAAAGAGUAAAGAAGACAUAGAUGCUUUUUUUGCUUAUUGUUAGCUGACGCUUCUUCUAGUAGUCGAGACCCGUUUGUUGGUUCUAUCGCCCUCCGGCUAAGUGAAAACGAAAGAAAAGGAGGCUACGAUGUUAAAUACGACAAGAACAACGAGUCAUCAUUCGUAGUACGAAAGCUCAAGGGCGUACAUGCCUCCAUUCUCCUUCUCUCUUUCAUCAUUGUACUUGUGCAGUAGUAGCAGUAACGAUAGCAGCGAGGUAUCAUGUGUAUAUAUAUAUAUAUAUAUAUAUAUAUAUAUAUAUAUAUAUAUAUAUAUAUAUAUAAUGUAUAUGUGUAUAUAUAUAUACAUAUAUAUAUAUAUAUAUAUAUAUAUAUAUAUACACCAAAGGAAUCGCGUAAAAACAUACACGUACAUGUAAUACGUAUACAUAUGUACUUAUACAUAUAAAUAUAAUACAUUUUUAGAAAAAGAUUAUAUACCACUUAGUGGUCGAAAAGUGAUCGGUAUAAAUUUUGAGAGUGAGAAUUUAGUUAUUAAUUAUUACUCAGUAGUUUUAGUAGAAUUUAAAAAGAACUUCGAUUUCCAGUUUCUCUCCUGUUAUACGAAGACAUUAUCUAUUUACAAGUAGAAACAGUAUCGCGGGUGAGUCACCUAAAACUAAAAUAUAAAUAUAUCUCGGUUAUUUUUGAUGAUAAAAAUAAAAUUUCUGAAGAAGAAUAUGUUUAAUUCGAAGGGGUUGAUAUAGGAAUGAAAACUUUUACUUAUAGAUCAUAUUUUUUACAAUAUAGGGAUAAAAUGGAACUCGAUUCUCUUGAUUAUGAACAAAAUGUAAAACAGAUCAAGAUAUAUUCUAAACGUUUAUUAUAAUAAAAACGAAAUAUCGUCCUUCAAGUCCUCAUAUUUUUUAAUCUUAUAAAAUAUUUUGUGGAAGAUGAAAUAAAAUGAAACGAAUAAUGUGUACUCAAAUUUUCUUAAGACAAUACUAUUUAUAAUGAUGAUAUAUAUAUAUAUAUAUAUAUAUAUAUAUAUAUAUAUCAUUAUAUAUAUAUAUAUCAUUAUAUAUAUAUAUAUAUAUUCUAAUGUGUUUGUUAGAAGUCUAUUAAAGUACACGUUAAAUACUAAUUGACAUUGUUGUUAGGAUAUAAAAUUAAGAACUAUUGAAUAUCGUAAGUAAAUUUGUAGUAUUUUUGUUUAGAGUGACCACAAUAGAUUAAUUUUUUAAUCCCCGCUAUAUGAAUUUUUUCGAAUAAAAAGCUUCUUCAAAAAUCUUUUCUUAUCAUCACAAGUAAUAAAGAUGUUCAUGUUUCGCACUUUUAAAUGACUCUCCCAAUAUGUACACAUACAUAUAUAUAUAUAUAUGUGUGUGUGUGUGUAUGUAUGUAUGUAUAUAUAGACACACACACACAUACACAUAUCUCGAGCUCGUUUUCGAGUUAUCGAAAGAACAUCGAGUGUCGAGCAGGAAAAAUUUUCUUAUAGUCAGCUAGAUUUUAAGCUUGACUAGUGCCUCUAGAUGUAAUUUCUCCGAUAAGUAAGAAAAUCGAUCUAGUUGAAAUUACAAAUAAAUAUCUUUAUUUAUCAACAUCUAAAAAAUGAAAAAAAAAAAACUAAGAAAAAAGAGCGAACAAAGACAAAGCAGGGA